ACAAUGCUCAAGGACGACUCCUUGCUGCUCAUACCAAAUGUGUUGAAGGUGUUCUUGGAGAAUGGACAGAUUAAGUCCUUUACAUUUGAUAGCCGUACCACUGUUAGGGAUGUGAUCUCCUCCCUGCAGGACCGCCUCUCACUGCGCUACAUAGAGCACUUUGCAUUGGUGCUGGAGGCAGGUGGUCUGGACCAGAAUCAGAGGUUGCAUCUGCUGCAGGAGAACCAGCCCCUGACACAUGUGGUGCAUAGAACCUAUUUCCAAGGGAUGAAGUGUCUAUUUCGCAUCUGCUUCUUCCCCAAGGACCCUGCAGACCUGCUGAGAAGAGACCCCGCUGCAUUUGAGUACCUCUAUAUACAGAGUCGCAAUGACGUCAUCAAGGAGCGCUUUGGCAUGGACUGGAAAUCUGACAUCACGUUACGAUUGGCUGCGCUCCAUAUCUACAUCACUGUGUCCUCCGCACGGCCCAAUCAGAAGAUCUCUCUCAAGCAUGUCGAAAAAGAGUGGGGGCUAGAGCCUUUCCUUCCGCUCACUCUGCUUCCAACAGUCAAGGAGAAGAAUGUGUGUAAGAGCCUGUCUCAGUUGCUGAAGACCUACCAGCAUCCACCACCAUCGGGCAACAAGGUUCCUCCUCUCCAAGGAAAGCUGCAGUACAUGCGUGUACUCAACGACCUCCCACCUUUUGGUGGAAUACUGUUCCACACUGUUGGACUGGAUGAGAAGCAAUCAGCUACAACACUACUGGUGGGUCCUCGACAUGGCAUUAGUCAUGUGAUUGACCUGAAAAACAACCUCACAACAGUUCUAACCGAGUUCAGUAGGGUUGCCAAGAUCCAGCUCUACAGAGAGAGCCAAGGAGUGGCUCGUGUGGAGGUGACAAUCCAUGAGGCCAAGCCCCUGGUCCUACUCAUGGAAUGGCCUGAUGCCAGUAACUUUGCAUGCCUCAUCUCUGGCUACUACAAGCUGUUUGUAGACCCUAAACGGACCAUCUACUUCCGGACCCCUGGUCAGUCUCAGCUGACCAAGGCAGAUUACAGAAGCUCCCACCAUGCCCACCCACGUUCUGGGGCAACCAGCCUGCCAAGUGGAGGGCGGCGAGGGGACGAGAGGGAAGGCUCACACAGGGAGUCAGGGUCUGCAAGGGCCCUAGUUCCAGCAGAGCCUCAGCAUCUAGGCCUGUGUCAUGUCCACCUACGAGAACAACAACAAUUUCAAGACCAGCAAACACACGCCGAAGCUGAACUCGACAUCAACGAAAACUUUAUUUCCCAAGAGCCCCCUGGGCGGCCCCGCACCAAGUCAGACCCAACCCAGCAGAGUACAGAGGAAAUAGCAGGGGUUUUAGAGAGCCCAGCAGUGGAGAAUACAGGAUUUAGAAUCCGAGCCCAAACAAUGGGUCAAUCCCAGAAAACAUCACGAUACUUCUGUGACUCCUGCAAAGCCAGGCAUAGGGCAGAGGGUCUGUCAACAGCAGUAAACAGUACUGGGAGCUCGGGAAAACACUGCUCCAGUGCUUGUGCCUCCCGAGAUGGAGGCGCUGUUGACCUUAUGGCCCUACCGCCCCCAGGGAAUGAAGAGGAGGAUGAAGCAGAUGGUGGAGGAGAGAAGCUGCAACCACCACCACCUGCUAUUGCUGCACCACCACCUGGCUUCAGGGACAACAGUUCAGAUGAGGAUGACACAAAGAGAGGGAGGAAGGCUCGAACUGGUGCCAGCCCAGGGGUCGCCUCUGGAAAGCUGACCCAUGCCAAGGAAGAUGUUCCUGUGACACUGAUUGAUAAUGUGACCACAAGAACAGUCCGAGAUCACGCCCAGGAGCUUGAUGAUGCUCUAGUGUCCACCUUACAGGCGCUAGAGGCUUUGGCAGCCUCAGAGGAUUACCCCCAUCACCCUCAACAGCCAACACAGACUGCAGGGCUGAUUGUCUUAGCUGCAAUUACACCUGAGUCAUCACUGGACUCAGGCCAUGAGACCAACUCCUCUGAAUUGACAGAUGUUUCUGAGAUGGUGUCAGCUAUGAAGCAGAAUCAAAACCAGGCCUACCUGCUUGCUCACCAUAUCAACAAGGAACGCAUCCUCUGCCGCCGUGACUUUCCCCUGGCUAUCCCUGGCUGCACUGCGAAGACCAUAGGGACUGGGGCCUUCUCUGUGGGUCAGAUUCGUGCUGGCUGUCCACCCAAGCAAGUAAUCCUCAGCAAGACUGUUCCCUUUAAAGUCAGUCCCAGUCAAGACUCUGCAAUACUCAGUGUUGUGACAGAGCAGACGGGGAAUCAAGAGACUACACCGACUGAACAAAAAGCAGAAAUGAAAGCAGACCCUGAGCUCACCAAAGCAAACACCCCUGAUCUCGCUUCUAAGUCACCUGAAGAACUUAAAGUGUCCGAUGCUUCGCUGACAGCUCAAGUCAGUAAAGAUCAGAAGUUAUCAAAUACUUCUGGAGAAACACUGAGCCAAAAUCUUUCUGAGGGUGUCAUGGGGAGGACCGCAGCACCUCGUAAUACAGACCCUAGCAACAAAGCCUUACCUGUCCUCCUGCCUGUGGACAGAACUGCCUCUGCCAAGAUUUCUCCCACUAAUAUGUGCCAAGAUGCCAAGACUGCCUCUAGUGAGACCAUGAAGCCUUCAAGCUCUACAGAACUUCUGUCAGUUGACGACCUUUUCUGCACAUGCCCAGUGCAACAGGAGCCUGGGCCUCAACUAAGACUAAAAGACCCACAGGUUCAGAAGGUAGUGGUGUUUCAAUCCUCCUCCCCCACAGAUGAUGAACGUCUUCGUGCAAAAGGCCUCCAGCUGGCUAACAGCAAAGAAAAUGCAGUGAGAGUAGGAGCAGAUUCUAGUUUGGCUAAACCCAGCCCUCAAAUUCAAACCAAGUACUCCCCUCAUAUGCCUGUAAAAGCAGAGAGAAAAGAAGCAGCUGAAAGUAAGACUGAUGUUGCCCAGGGCAAAUCCCACACUGAGUCACAGAAAUGCCCCAUAAAAUCAUUACCUAUUCUAGAUGAUCCAACAACACCCAGCCCCUCUGUAGACAAGGUCUCCACUCUCCCAGUCAGAGACUCAAAGAAGCAAGGCAGUGGUAAGGGGAAGUUGCAGCGCAGUGCACCUUUCCUGAGCUUUAGAAACCUUCUUUCAGCUACGUUUCCAGCAAGAAUGAGAAGAGAAACAGAUGAGCGAAGGGCUCAGUUGCAGAAAGUUCGUCAGUAUGAGCUAGAGUUCUUAGAGGAGCUGCUGAAACCCAAGUCAUCCCAGGGAGAAUUUUUGCCCCAGGGGUCCUCACCUGUGCCCUCAGGCACUCCGUGUGCCUGCCAGCUUCGCACCAGCCCUGUCCUAAAGGCACCAGGUAUCUCCCGGGAGCAGCGGCGCAGCUGUGACUGUAAGCGAAUGUGUAGGGGCAUGCGACUACCUGACACUCCAGUUGGCUCAACAACAGAGACACAACAAAGAGGCAGAGAGAGAACUAUCCAGAAGACCCCUCCAGCGGUCUCCAAAGCCACUCACACCCAAGGUGCUACAAGGAGACCUCAGACUUUAGAGAUCAAGACCACACGAAUACGCUCUACCAGCCUUGAGUCAAGAGAGCCAAGGGGAGAGCAGGGUUCCUGCUUGCCCACCUGUACUUCUCAAACAGAUUGCAUGGGAGGGCCCCAAUAUAAGAAGCUCCAGAGGCGAUACAGCAUUGGAGAGCUGGAUAACAGCGCUAGCACACCUGUGUAUGCUGAGGUGAAGCCCAAAGCCAAGAGUCUAGAGAAAGAGAUGGAGAGAGUGAGGGCGACAGGGCUGAGACUCCCAACCCCAGUAGAGCCAGUCCACACUCAGUCUCACCAAGCAGAGGGAAAGGGGAAAAAGGGUGUGUUUUUCAUUCAGGGAGAAGAGUUACUGCGUGAAAGUAAAGAUGGGACUGCUGAGGUGCUGCUGACCCUGCCCAGUGAAGACAGUGAUGACAAGGAUAAAUGUUGCUCAUUCUGUUUCUGCUACAGGAAGUGUGAGGCAGCAGAUGAGAGCAGUGAGAAGGAUGAGCUCUCAUACUCCAUACCGCUUCAGGUCCUUCCGGGCAUGGAGCUGGACUCACGUACCUUUCCUGUCGUAAGCAAAACACUCCAGGUCCUUAAUGCAGAGGACUGCAGUGGGGAGGAAGAAGAGGAUGAAGAGGAGGAGCCACAGACACAGGAGAUUGACCUGAGAGCUUGUGGUACACUGGAGGGGAGUCUGGCACGGGUACAGGCUCUACAGGGGAAAACUUUCAGCUUGCCUGAUGGUUUCCUAAAUGCCCAGUUAGAUGCUAAUGAGUUGCUAGCUAUCCUCCGUCAGUGUGCUAACAGUCCACAAGCUGACGGUGAGGCUCGUCUUCAGCCCCCACAGAUUGCAGAGUACAAACAGGAGCUGGCAGUGCGCUUCAAAGAAUUCAGAGCAUCUUGCCGGCGAGUGGCAAGUGUUGAAAAAAGCCCAACACGCAUGCUUGCUGUUGUAACAGCCAGCUUUCAAGUGUUGUGUGAACUAACUCAGACAUUUAUCAAGUUGGUCAGAGGGGUUCGUUCAGAAACCCAAAGGCUGCAGCUCUUGAGAAAAGUUGAGGAAGUGGCUAUCAACUACACUUUGCUUCUGCGUGCAGCAGAAGAAUCAAUGGGACACUCAAGCAGCUUGCCAACAAAGACAAUGAGCCCUCAAGUUCCCUCCAACACCAAUAACAUGAGCUCGCUCACUCGACCCAUCAAAACCUUGCCUGCCCAGUAA